UCUCCCCCGAUACUCCUUUCCUCGACUCUCCCGACACCUCCCCUAUGUCCGUCUCCAAGCCUUCUCCUGGCCGACGGAAGCCCUCGGCUACUGGUACUCGCAAGAACGUCACUCCUGCCACCCUCGUUCCGGUCGACGCUCCAACACAGACUCGCAAGUAUGUUACUCCUUCGGCUACGUCACGCAAGGAGCUGCCUGCUGUGUUCGCGCGCAAGCGUGCUCGGUCGACGGCCUUCGCCGAUGAGGAGGACCAGCUUGACGAGGAGGACGUCUCAAUGAAGCCGACGAUGACCGAGCAAGAGCAAAUAGAGGCGAAGCGGCGGCAGAACACCAUCGCCGCCCGUCGCUCGCGGAGGCGCAAGCUCGAAUACCAGCGGGAACUCGAGGACAAUGUCGAGCACUACAAGCGGGACAGCGAGCAGUGGAAGUCGCGCGCGCUGAUGUACCAGGCGCUGCUGCGGUCGCACAACAUCGAGGCUCCGGAUUUCCCUGAGAUCUAAUCUCUGUCGGCGUUUCAUGGUUGCUGCGUACUGUCGUUCAUCUUUUUCAGUCUUGUCUUGUCUAUUGUUGCUCGCGUUUGAUACCCUUCCUCAUCAUGGUCUCAUUUGAACUUUUCUUUUUGCAACGUCUUCACUUUCUAUUCCUCUGCGUAAUGGCGGCUCGGCCGCAUCUUCGAUGCUCCGUGUAUUCUUAUAUUCAUCCAUCACCAUUCCCCUACCCACUGGCCAGGAGUAUCGUCGUAUCCCCCCUCCCCCCAAGCCCGUUUCGUUUUUUCUUAUCCUUUCAUAUGGUUCCCUCUCCGAUAAAGAUGAAAUUUCCGAUAUCAUCCCCGUCUAUUCGAGUGCUUCGAUAAAAUACUAAAAUCGUAUCAUCUACUCCCAUUACCUCCCCUCACCCACUUGAUCACGUCCCCUCCCC